AUGAGUUUGAGUGGUACACUAUCGCCUGCCAAUGGUAACCUGAGUUUUCUUCAAAAUCUUAAGCUCUCUGCAAAUAGCUUCACGGGAGGAAUCCCUCAAGAGAUUGGCUGGUUGUCAAGAUUGAGUACAGUAGAACUUAAUAACAAUUCCUUUUUGGGUGAAAUUCCAGCCAAUAUAUCAAGAUGCUUGAAUCUUGCAAAACUUCAUUUGGCUAGGAACAAACUUGUGGGAAGGCUUCCAAUGGAGUUCCAAUCUCUAUUGAGGCUUCAGUUUAUUUUUCUGUACUCGAACUAUCUAACAGGUGAGAUACCGGCUUUUAUUGGGAACUUUUCAUCCCUUCAAAGAUUCUCUUUGUUAGGAAAUAAUUUCCAGGGACAUAUUCCAGAUACUCUAGGCCGGUUAAGGAACUUAACAGUUGUUGCAUUUGCGACAAAUAACCUGUCUGGUAUUAUUCCUCCUUCAGUUUUCAAUUUGUCGUCUCUGAUUAUGAUUGAUGUGGCCCAGAAUCAAAUCGGAGGAGAUCUUCCAUCAGAUAUAGGCCUAAAACUUCCCAGACUCCAAUGGCUCAAUGUUGCACAAAAUAAAUUUACAGGAUCUCUACCUCAUUCAUUGUCCAACGCCUCACAGCUUGAGGUGCUCGCAGUCAGUUUGAAUGGCUUUACUGGAAAAGUACCCAGUUUUGGAGGGCUGCAGUUUCUGGGGCGGCUAUUACUUCAUAGGAACCAACUUGGAAAUGGGGAAGCAGAUGACUUGAGGUUUUUACCAUCUUUGAUCAAUGCUACCCAACUAGAAUGGCUACAUUUCUUGAACAACAAAUUAGGAGGGGUUUUGCCAAAAUCAGUUGGCAACUUUUCGAAGCUUACCAGUUUUUCCAUAGCACAAAAUUUCAUAUCUGGAAACCUACCCACCGAAAUAGGGGAACUAGUCAACUUACAGGGUUUAUAUUUGGGGCAGAACCAAUUCCAUGGUAGCAUUCCUGAUUCCAUUGGAAAACUUCAAAAGCUUAAGCUUUUCUCUCUCCGUCAAAACAAAUUAUCGGGGUAUAUUCCUGCUUCUUUGAGAAAUUUAACUACCUUGAUCGGACUUGACCUAGGCGUAAAUAAUUUACAAGGAAGAAUCCCAUCUAGUCUAGCAAAAUGCCAAUAUUUAUUGAUAUUGGAUCUUUCUCGGAAUAAUCUUAGCAGUUAUAUACCAAAAGAAAUUUUUGGCAUUUCUAGCUUAUCUCGCUCUCUGGACCUAUCCUACAACCUUUUAAACGGUUCCCUUCAAUUAGAACAAGGUGACUUAGGAAAUCUAGCUGUAUUGGAUGUUUCUGACAACAUGUUAUCUGGUGAAAUUUCGAGUAGUCUUGGCAGUUGCACAAGCUUGAUAAAGCUCAACAUUAAUGGCAACUCCUUUCAAGGGACCGUUCCUCCAUCUUUAAGUUCUUUGAAAGGUAUUGAAGUUUUAGAUUUUUCUCGCAACAACUUGACAGGCCAAAUUCCAGAAUGCUUAGAAAAUCUUGUGUUUCUACGGAAUCUAAAUCUGUCUUUUAACCAUUUUGAGGGUGAGGUGCCGCUAGGGGAAGUUUUCCAAAAUACAAGUGCAGUUUCAGUUGUUGGAAACAGUAAUUUGUGUGGGGGUGUUCCAGAAUUGCAGCUGCCUAAAUGCAGCAUCAAAGAAGCAUCGAGAAAACAUGGAAUGUCUCGUGCAAUAAAAUUAGCAGCACCGAUAUCUGGUGGGAUCUUGGUGCUAAUUUAUGUGUUGUUUUCUGUUUUUUGUUACAAAUGGAGAUAUGCAAGAAAGGUGUCUUGCUCUUUGUCAGCGGAUUCAACAAGGGAUACACUCCCUAAAGUGUCAUAUGAAACUCUUUAUAGGGCUACAGAUGGUUUCUCAUCAGCCAAUUUGAUUGGCUCAGGAAAGUUCAGCUCCGUGUACAAAGGAAUUCUUGACGGAACUAAAACUAUUGUUGCUGUGAAGGUACUCAACCUUAAAGCCCGAGGAGCUUCCAAGAGUUUCACGGCAGAGUGUGAAAGCGUUGGGACUUCUCAGGCAUCGGAAUCUUCUGAAGCUUGUGCACUUGAUUAUCUUCAUUAUCAUUGUGGAACACCAUUGGUGCACUGUGAUCUCAAGCCAAGUAAUGUUCUGCUGGAUAGUGAGUUGAUUGCUCGUGUAGGCGAUUUUGGGUUAGCAAAGUUUCUUGCAGAGGCCACAACAACAUUUCCUUCAAGCCAAGCCAGCUCCAUAGGAAUAAUUGGGACCAUUGGAUAUGCUGCCCCAGAGUAUGGCAUGGGCGUGGAGGUUUCAACAUGUGGUGAUGUGUAUAACUAUGGAAUCCUCUUGUUGGAGAUAUUUACUGGAAAGAGGCCCACCGAUGACAUGUUUAACAAUGGUCUAAACCUUCAUAACUUUGUUAAGAUGGCUAUACCUGAAUGA